AUAUGUCUCAUUUCUGUGUAACUGUGUGCAAACAAAAAAGGUGGUUAACUUGGAAAUUGAGAUUAUGAUCAAACACAGCAUGGGAGAGGUCUUAACUGAACAACAGAUUGCUGAGUUUCAGGAAGCUUUCUGUCUUCUUGACAUGGAUGGAGAUGGCUGCAUUACCAUUGAAGAACUGGGGACUGCGCUCAAAUCAUUGGAUCAACAUCCUACGGAAGAAGAGCUGCAGAAUAUGAUAAGCGAAAUCGAUGCUGAUGGGAAUGGAACCAUAGAGUUUGGGGAGUUCUUGCAUCUCAUGGCAAGAAAAAUUCAGGAAAAUGAGGUGGAUGCAGAAUUGAGAGAAGCUUUCAAAGUUUUUGACAAGGAUCAGGAUGGCUACAUUUCACCUAAUGAGUUGAGGCAUGUGAUGAUUAAUCUUGGAGAAAGACUGACAGACGAAGAGGUAGAGCAAAUGAUCAGAGAAGCAGAUUUGGAUGGUGAUGGCUUAGUCAAUUAUGAUGAAUUUGUGAGAAUGAUGUUAGCAUUUUGAUUUUGAUUUUGAGUUUGAGUUGUUCGAAUAAUAAAGUGACGUCGUUUUGAUUGAUUUUGUACAUUUCUGGUUUCAAUUUGUAUUGGGCCGUGCUCUUAUAAGAGUCCAUUUCUAUUAAUCUAUUUCCCUAAUUUAAUUUCGAGGAAUCUUUAAUUCUAUGCACUUUUUUCUUUUUC